CUGAGUGAAGCGACAUUUUGUUGUUUAUCUGCUCGACGAUACGAGACUAGAUAUUUGCUAAAAUUGCAGGGAGAAAAGUUACUUCGCAGACAAGUGUCGAGCAGAUCUUGUGAUCUGCUAGCAGAAAUCAGCUGACCUCCGACCGUCACGCCUAACCUAAAGGCUGAUUUCUUUGAAAAAUCAGAACAUAAAGAAGACAAGGCGCGUUCGCAUGUCUAGUUGUGGGAGGUUAUGUUCUACAAACUUGAUUUUUUGCUAUAGAAUGAUGACAAAGUUAUCUUUCCGUGUUUAUAAAGCGAAUGUCACCUGAAUCAUCGCUUGCAUUAGUCGGACCGAAUGUUCGGUUAUUGAUCGACCGUAAUCGAUAAUUAGCUGCCUAAUAGGUUGUGUUUAUUGAGCGAACCACAGAACGUAAAUAUGGCAGAUUAUUUUGACGAAAUGGGAUGGACCCCACUAGGAAAUUCGGAAACGCCAAAUCAUGCAAUGCUGAUGGCAAGGUUUCUACGCGAUACUGGAAUGUGGGAACUCCUUGGAGAACACGAAAAACUACCUCCGCCAGCUUCAAAAGACGUCGUUAAAAAUCUGCCAGAAAUCGAGUACAAAGAUAAGUUGGAUAAGAGAGAACAGUGCCCAGUUUGCAUACGAGACUUUGAGACAGGUAACACUGCCAAAGCACUGCCUUGCGAACACAAUUUCCACAAAGAAUGCAUAGAGCCCUGGCUAGAAAAGACAAAUUCUUGUCCGCUGUGUAGGUACGAGUUACUUACCGACGACGAGGACUACGAAAACUACAAAAAAGAGAAGAAGAGGGCCGCAGAGAGAGAAAAAGACCUGGAAGCCCUGCACGAUUCAAUGUUCUCGUAGUACAAAUCCAACGUCGCUUCUCGCUCAAGAGACAUUCCUUACUACUUUAAUUAUUAUCCGUUGUAUAUUAUUACGGUCAGGGACUGGCAAUUAUUUAGAAACGUUUGUUCCAAGUGUCGAUCAUUCGUUAUUCGUCGUGCGUCACGCACCAAUAAUUAUAAAUGUACGAAGAAUUCUUAUUCUAUCCGAAAAUAUACAUGAAUUAUUUAUUUUAAAGAUAAA